AUGAAGUUUUCCAUAUUAGUUGUGUUAUUAAUAGUCGCAAGCACAUACGCUUCGACUUAUCAAGAAAAAGAAGCUGAAGGUCGAUUUAUUGUAAACCAAAUAACGAGGAUCAUUAACCAAAUUCGCAAUCAAAUCAGACAAGCUGGUCUUGAUCCAUUAGUUAUUGACAAUUUUCGUUAUGAAAACAAACCAGUGCCAUACCUGGUGGAAGUUGAAGCCUUUCUCGACCACCUCGUUUUUACUGGUCUCAGUAAUAUUUACAUAAACAGGCUUAACUUUUGGAUUUUCAACCCUAGAUUCGAUUUUGACUUAUCUCUGCCAGAACUUCGACUGGGAAUCGCUGACUCUGGUAUCAACGUGCUUACUUUUGGUCAAAGACAUAGCGCUCAGUUGAAUGGCGGUAUCUCAAUUAGGAAUAUUCGUCUCAGGGGUUCUGUCUGGUUCUACUUAAUCCCACUUAGCGUUCGUAGCAUUGGCUUGAACUUCAACGCUGGUGUUUUUCAGUCCGACUUCAACCUCAAUGCCCUCGGUAACGACUAUUCAAGCGAACUAAACACAUUCUUCAACGUCGAUGUUCCCGCGUACUUUACACAAAAUGCGGCCGAAAUCAACAGACUACUUGUACAGCUCGCUUGGAAUAUAAUUCGAGGAAACUUAUUAUCAUCAUACAAAAUACAAUCGUUACCAAAGCACGCUGAAUUUAACGAACAGAGUGUACUAUAGUUACGUACUUAUACGGCGCUUGAAACACUUCACCUUUACUUCAAAAACAUCUGCAUGAUGCCUAUCAAUUUGUUCGUCUACAGUUAGACCAACAUGGCUUAGUAUGUACAUAUUAUCGUAUUAUCGCAUUAGGUAAUGAACCUGUAAUAUUAGUAUGUUUAUGGCAAUAAUAAAAUGGAU